AUGACGUAUGAAGGUGGUAAUAUAUGGCAAGCCGAUGAGACUAGUUUUCCGAUACUGAAAAAUCAGUUCGGAUCAAUGGCCAUUUUGACCUUGAAAGUGGGUGGUAUUCGUCAACCCCAUUGGCAUCCCUUUGCUUGGGAAUUGAACUAUGUUAUUAGUGGAAAAGCUGAAUGGAGUAUUGUUGGAACUAAUGGUCAGCAUGAUUCAUUUAUAGCUAAUGUCGGUGAUCUCGUGUUUAUUCCUCGUGGCAUUUUUCAUUAUUUUGCAAAUGCUGAUAGCGAAGAAGAAUUAAAAGUUUUAAUUAUAUUUAAUUCUAGUCAGGUUGUAGAAGAUGAUGAUAUUGGAAUUGUUCCUUCAUUGAAUGAAAUGCCUAUUGAUAUAUUGGCUGCUUCAUUUGGAAUGCCAAAAGAUUAUUUCAAAGAUAUUCCAAGAAAUGUAACAUCAACACCAAUUAUUUUACGGAAAGAUACAAAACAUCGAAAUCCUUCGCUCUUAAGAAAAAAGGCAUAA